AUGAAAUACGCUAUUUUGUUUCGGGAUUUUGUUGUUGUUGGAGAUAAGACUAUGACUCCGUUACAAUUUCAAAACAACGAAGAAAAUAUGGAGGGCGAAGGAGAUAGUGAUGAAAUCAAUUUAGAUGACGAUGAGACUCUUUUUCCUAAUUUCCCUGAAAGUAGUUCAAGUAAAAGGAAGAAGUCUAAGAAUGUUUCCAACAUUCGUUCAACCAAGAGUAAAACUUCAAUCUACGAGGAAAAAGUAGAUGCUUUAUUAGAUGCCAUAUCAACAAAAAGUACACAAACUUUUCCUCAAAAUAAUCUCUCCCCAACAAUAGCAGAUUGCAUGACCGUUGUCAUCAAGUUUCUCGGUUUCGUUGAAGGUUCCCAAGAGUAUUCACAAGCAUUGCUUGUCUUCACCAAAAAACAAACCGUGAAUCUUUUAUGUUUCCAACUAGUGAUGAUGCAAAGAUGGAGUUUCUUAAGUUACUAA